GGUCCGACCUAAUUAACCUCCGCACUUCAAAAUUCCUCACUUGUACCUUGUGCUGUGUCUGUGGGACGUCGAGAAAUCUCCAGAGCUGAGGUGAGGUGAGUUGGGGAAGGAAGCAAAUCUCUGUACAAUGGCGCAGCCGCUUGUGAAGAAGGACGAUGAUCGCGACGAGGAAGAUUACUCCCCAUUUUUGGGGAUUGAGAAAGGUGCAGUAUUGCAGGAAGCAAGGGUUUUUAACGACCCUCAGUUAGAUGCAAGAAGAUGUUCACAGGUAAUCACAAAGCUUCUAUAUCUGCUGAAUCAGGGCGAAACAUUCACAAAGGUUGAAGCCACGGAAGUGUUUUUUUCGGUUACAAAGCUGUUUCAGUCCAAAGAUACUGGGCUGCGAAGAAUGGUAUAUCUGAUGAUAAAAGAGCUUUCUCCUUCUGCAGAUGAGGUUAUCAUUGUCACUAGCUCCCUUAUGAAGGACAUGAAUAGCCGCACUGAUAUGUAUCGAGCAAAUGCUAUUCGUGUACUUUGCCGAAUUACUGAUGGGACACUUUUGACCCAAAUUGAGAGAUACCUAAAACAGGCUAUAGUUGACAAAAAUCCUGUUGUUUCCAGUGCUGCCCUUGUGAGUGGUAUUCAUCUGCUACAGACAAAUCCAGAGAUAGUCAAAAGAUGGAGUAAUGAAGUACAAGAAGCAGUUCAGUCUAGAGCUGCACUUGUACAAUUCCAUGCACUUGCCUUACUUCAUCAGAUACGGCAAAAUGAUAGGUUGGCUGUUAGCAAGCUGGUUACCAGCUUAACAAAGGGGAGUGUUCGGUCACCUUUAGCACAAUGCCUUCUUGUUCGCUACACUUGUCAGGUUAUCAGAGAGUCAGCUGUUAAUAACCAAAGUAGCGACCGGCCAUUUUAUGACUAUCUUGAGGGUUGUCUUCGUCACAAAGCUGAAAUGGUCAUCUUUGAAGCAGCCCGUGCCAUCACAGAAUUGAGCAAUGUGACUACGAGAGAGCUAACACCUGCAAUAACUGUAUUACAACUUUUCUUAAGUUCAUCAAAACCCGUGAUUAGAUUUGCUGCUGUCCGGACACUGAAUAAGGUAGCAAUGACGCAUCCAAUGGCUGUAACCAAUUGCAAUAUAGACAUGGAGAGCUUGAUCUCAGACCAGAAUAGAAGUAUAGCUACACUUGCCAUCACCACUUUGUUGAAAACUGGAAAUGAAUCUAGUGUAGAUCGCUUGAUGAAGCAAAUUACGAAUUUUAUGUCUGAUAUUGCUGAUGAGUUCAAGAUUGUCGUGGUAGAAGCUAUAAGAUCAUUGUGCCUGAAGUUCCCUCUCAAGUUCAGAUCUCUGAUGAAUUUCUUAAGCAGCAUCUUGAGAGAAGAGGGUGGGUUUGAGUUCAAAAAGGCAAUUGUUGAUUCUAUUGUGAUAUUAAUUAGAGAUAUUCCGGAUGCCAAAGAAGGUGGAUUGCUGCACUUGUGCGAGUUCAUUGAAGAUUGUGAAUUCACAUAUCUUUCCACCCAGAUUCUUCACUUUCUUGGAAAUGAGGGCCCCAAGACCUCAGACCCUAGCAAAUAUAUCAGGUAUAUUUACAAUCGAGUAAUACUUGAGAAUGCUACUGUCCGGGCCAGUGCUGUCAGUACACUGGCAAAAUUUGGUGCCAUGGUUGAUUCAUUAAAGCCUCGCAUAUUUAUUUUGUUAAGGCGCUGUCUUUUUGACACUGAUGAUGAGGUGCGAGACAGAGCCACACUCUACUUGAAAAGCCUUGAACAUGAUUCAGUUGCUGAAACAGACAAAGAUGUUAAAGAAUUCUUGUUUGGCCCACUUGCUAUCCCACUGACGAAUAUGGAAAACAGUUUGAAAAGCUACAUACAAGAUCCGAAAGAAGAGCCUUUUGACAUCGAUUCUGUACCCAAGGAGGUUAAAUCUCUGCCCCCUUCAGAGAAGAAAGCACCCAGCAAAAAGCCAACUGGUUUGGGUGCAGCACCUCCUGCCCCCACCUCUGCUUCCGAUGUUUAUGAAAAACUUCUGUCUUCUAUCCCAGAAUUUGUGACAUUUGGAAAUCUAUUCAAGUCAUCAAUGCCGGUGGAGCUUACAGAAGCAGAAACUGAGUAUGCAGUAAAUGUUGUCAAACACAUAUUUGAUCGCCACGUGGUCUUCCAGUAUAAUUGCACCAAUACAAUACCGGAGCAGCUCCUUGAAAACGUGACCGUCAUUGUGGAUGCUUCUGAAGCUGAGGAAUUUUCUGAAGUUGCAGUAAAACCUUUGAAAUCUCUUCCAUAUGACACAUCAGUGCCGACAUUUGUAGCAUUUGAGAAACCUGAUGGUGUCCCGGCAGUCGGAAAAUUCUCAAACAUAUUGAGGUUUGCUGUUAAAGAGGUUGAUCCCUCAACUGGUGAGGCUGAAGACGACGGUGUUGAAGAUGAAUACCAGCUCGAGGAUUUCGAGGUCGUUGCUGCAGAUUAUAUGCUUAAAGUUGGCGUCUCGAACUUUAAGAAUGCUUGGGAAAGUUUGGAUCCUGAAAGCGAGCGCGUAGACGAAUAUGGUCUCGGGCAUAGGGAAAGCCUUGCUGAAGCCGUUAAUGCAGUCAUUAAUCUUCUCGGCAUGCACCCUUGUGAGGGAACGGAAGUGGUGGGGAGCAACUCAAGAUCGCACACAUGUUUGUUGUCGGGGGUGUACAUAGGAAACGUGAAGGUGCUUGUUCGUCUCUCAUUUGGGAUUGACGGGGCGAGAGAUGUUGCCAUGAAGUUAGCAGUGAGGUCGGAGGAUGUGACAGUGAGCGACGCCAUUCAUGAGAUUGUUGCCAGCGGGUAAUAUGAAUAUGAAUAUGAAUAUGAAUGUCCCCUCCCAUGUUUUAGGUUAUUCUGAUUCGAUUUUUGCCUGUCUGUCUGCUGAGAAAAUGCAUACAUACAUAUAUAUAUGUAGAGGGAGAGAGGGGUUGACAGGGAAGUGUUGUUAGAAUUUGGUAGAGAGAGAGAGAGAGGUGUUGUAGUUGUAAUGAAGAAAAUGGACCUCUGCCUUUGAUUUUACAUACAUACAUACAUACAUACUUCCAAUCAUUAACUUAGUUGUAAUGAAGUAAUGAAAUUUAAUCCUGGUAGAAAAUGCACGUUGUUUUCAA